AAAUUUGACAACAGCGGAUUAAUUUAAGGAAGAAAACAAAAAUUUUUGCUUGUCACUUGAUUAUAAAAAUUGUUAACAAAAUCAAAAUUUAUAAAAUAUAAAAGAGAGCCAGUAUAAAAAUUUUCGAUAAAAAAUUAAAUCUUAAUAAAUAUGCCUGUCGAUAUUCCAGGAUUUGCUUAUGCAACUCUUGUUGCUGCCGGUGGAAUUAUGGGUUACGUUAAAUCAAAUUCGAUUCCAUCUUUGGGAGCGGGUUUACUUUUUGGAUCAUUAUUAGGAUUUGGAGCAUAUCGAAUUUCUCAGGAUCCAAAUAAUUAUGCACCACUUUUAGGAACAAGUGCAGCUCUUGGUGGUAUAAUGGGAUAUCGUUUUUACAAUACUGGAAAAAUAAUGCCCGCUGGAAUGAUUACAUUAUUAAGUGCUGCAAUGGUCGUGAGAAUUGCAGUUAUGCAAUUUACAAAAACGUCUAAACUCCAAUGAACUUCGAUCAAAUUUAAAAAAUAAUUUUUUUUACAAAAGACAAUUUUGUUUUAUUAAUUUUGUUAUAAAAGGAUACUUUUUGUUAGUGUAGCUUUAUUUACAAGGUACUUAUUUGAUUGUUAAUUAUCUUUUUUUUAAAAAAAUGAUUCAAUAUGUAUAAACAAGAAACCCAGUGAAAAUGGUGUUAUCUUUCAAAGUGAAUUAACACAAUUCUUCUUUUAUACGAAAAAAAAAUUAUUUAAAUUAAUUAAAAUUUAAAUUUCAUAGCAUAA